GGAAAAUUCACUAGAUUCCAACAAUUAACGAAAAUACCCAUCGCCUAAUUCAAUCCUUUUUCUUCCACGAAUCAUCGCUUUUCACCGCGUCAACAAACGUCGUCGUUCGAGCAUCGGCGUCGCCAUUUUCUGCUGGCUUUUGAAUUACUACUUGUCAGCAUAAUUGAUUGCUUGUUUCAGCCUCUGCUUGUCACGAUUGCAUUUUCGUUCGCCGUCAUUGAUUUGCACUGGUUCUCGUGGGCUUCAUUUCACAGGAACUCUGAUCAGAUUUGGACCAUUUGGUUAUGUUGUUCCUAUUUGCAUCGGUGGAAGUUUCACUUUAUAUAGCUGCAAUUGUCCAACUAGUUUUUUGUUGUUGCUACAUGGAACUCUGACUACAUAUUUGUUGAGCCAAAUAAAGUAUGAAUUUGCAAACGCACCAUUCUGGGCAGUUCGCGGGGCAGGUACCAAACCAACCUGGUACCAUGCUGGCUGGGAUACCACAACAAAAUGGAAAUCCUAUGCCUAACCAGAUGCAAAAUCCAAGUAUGCACAGGAGUAUGCAGAAUAUGGGUCCUGAAUAUGUGAAAACACGCAGAUAUAUGCAAGAAAAGAUAUGGGUAUUUCUUAUGCAGCGACGUCAACAAUCCCAUGAGGUGUCACAGAAGAAAAUGAUCGAUUUAGUUAAACGUUUAGAAGAGGCUUUAUUCAAGAGUGCCACAACAACGGAAGAGUACUUGAACCUAGCAACUUUGGAAAGCCGUCUCCAUGUUCUGAUUAAGCGACUGCCUAUGAGUAAUCACAACCAACAAUUCUCUCAUGCUAAUUCAUCUCCUUCUAUUGGUACAAUGAUUCCAACUCCAGGAUUGCAACAAAGUGGAAGUUCUAACAUAAAUGGGACCCAAUCUGUAGAUAGCUCACUUAUGGUUAACAACAGCUCCAAUACAACUGGACCCAACCGUGCCAAUUCUGGGAACUACAUGAUGCAUGGAAAUGGGUCUUCCAGCCAUGUCCAUGGUGGUGCUUUUGGUUCAUCUGAUGGAGCUCUAUCUGGUGGAUAUCAACAGUCAUCUUCUGCUUUCUCUGUCAAUUCUGGGGGAAAUAGCAUGAUGACAUCCAUGGGUUCUCAGAGGAUGACCAGCCAAAUGAUGCCUACUCCUGGAUUUAAUAAUUCCAACAGUAGCGAAGUGAAUAACAAUGCUAAUAACCAGUCGUUCAUGAAUAUGGAGUCAUCCAAUAACGUUGGUGCAUUUCAAGCUGGUGAAUCAUCUAUGCUAUCGCAGCCUAUGCAGCAAAAGCAGCGUGCUAUUGGCCAAAACAGUCGUAUCCUUCAUAAUAUUGGAGGCCACAUGGGUGGUGAAAUCAGAUCUACGCUACAGCAGAAAUCUUAUGGAUUAUCAAAUGGUCCUUUAAAUGGGGGGCUGGGCAUGAUGGGUAACAAUAUGUCCACGAUGAAUGGUCCUGGAAUAUCAGGAAAAAUGUAUGGAAACUCCAAUAUGCCCAUGCAUCAAAAUUUUGACCAACAGCAGCGACCAGUAAUGCAGGGUGAUGGAUAUGGAAUUAGUGCUUGUGAGGCCUCAGGGUCGGGAAACUUGUAUUCAUCAGUUGGAUCAAUGAUGAAUAAUCAGAGCUUGAAUGCUGUAUCCAUGCAGUCGGUGCCAAAGACAAACUCUCCUAUAAUGAUUAAUAGUCAGUCUCAUGCACACUUGCAACAAGCGACUACAACAGUGAAAUCUCAACCAAUUGAUCAAUUGGAGAAAUCGAAUAAUCAGCCACAGUAUUCUGGUAGAGAAAAUCUUGCGCAGCCUACUCAACAAUUACAACAGCAGUCUAAUCAAUUUCAGCGCCAUCAAGUUGUCCAGAAUCAGGUCCAACAAAGGCUAACUCAAAACCAGUUUGCCGUAAAGAAUGAACCUUUUAGUCAAUCUCACCUAUCGGUAAAUAUGGUUUCUGAGACAAAUCCAGGGCAUGGGUCGGAGAAUCGUGGUGAAGGUAUGCAAUCACAAGGCUCUGAUCUCUUUCAUUUCUCUGAUACACACAGUCAGUUCCAACAUAACUCUAUGGAAGACCGAUCUAGAGGGCAGAUGCUGUCCCAUCAUUCUGGUACACCAGAUGUGACCUCAUCACUCAGUCAAUCUUCUGAUCAGAUGCAACAGUUUUUUCAUCCACAACAAUUUUCCAACUCAGAAAGUGAUUUUGGUGGAAUUCAACCAGAUGCGUCCUUGCAUGGUCAAUGGGAUUCCAAUUCACAAGAUGUGUCUCGUGUAUCAGGAAAACUCUCACAGGAUCAAAAUGUGCAAGACGAAUUCCAGCAUAGAUUAGUAGGCCAAGAUGUAGCUCAAUUAAAUAAUUUAUCAUCUGAAGAAUCAAUAAUUGGUCAAUCUGAUGCUUCCAGAUCAGCAGAACCUCCUAGCGAGAGAAAUGGUGUGCGCCGAUCUAAUUACCUUAAUCGCGAACGACAGUUCAAGAACCAACAGCGGUGGCUCUUGUUUAUGCGACAUGCUCGGCGAUGUCCUGCUCCAGAAGGCAAAUGCCAAGAGUCUAACUGCUUGACAGUUCAAAAGCUAUUGAAACAUAUGGAACAUUGCAAUGUAUUUCAGUGUCCGUAUCCACGUUGUUGUGCUACCAGAGUUUUACUCAAUCAUCAUAAACGCUGUCGUGAUGCAAGCUGUCCUGUCUGUGUUCCUGUGAAGAGUUAUGUGCAACAGGCGCAGAUGAAGGCAUUUGCUCGUGAGCCUGACUCUAUCAAUGGUUCCAGUAAAUCAUUUGAUGCUGCUGAAACUGCUGGAAGGUCAAUACCUAAGAUAAACCCUGCGAUGCCUGAAACUCCCGAUGAUCUAAAACCUUCCAUUAAACGCAUGAAAACUGAACAAGUUCCACAGCCUGUAGUCCCUGAAACAGAAACUCCCGUUGCACCGCAUUUUGCUGUAAAUGAAUCUCCCGUUCAGGAUGCACAGCAUCCUGAACAGUAUGAUGUAUCUCAUAUUCCUAUGAAGCAUGAAAGUACUCAAGUGAAAGUGGAAAUUCCUAGAAGUCUUGGACAGUUGAAUUCCAAGAACAUCAAAAUGAAAAGGAAUAACUUGGAUGAUAAGUAUACCCAAAAGCCCCCAAAACCUGAAGGGGAUACUAUUUCAUCGAAAAGUCCUGUUGGAUAUGGUACACACGAGGCUGUUAAGAAUGAAAAGGAAAUGGGACUAGCUAAGAUGGAAAAUCCACCAUUACCUUCUGAGAGUACAUCCAAAUCUGGGAAGCCAAAUAUUAAAGGAGUAUCGAUGAUAGAGUUGUUCACCCCUGAACAAGUCAGGCAGCAUAUUGCAGGUCUUAGACGCUGGGUUGGGCAGAGCAAAGCAAAAGCAGAGAAGAACCAGGCAAUGGAGCAUUCAAUGAGUGAAAACUCUUGCCAGUUGUGUGCAGUUGAGAAGCUUUCCUUUGAACCGCCCCCUAUCUAUUGUACACCCUGUGGUGCCCGCAUUAAAAGGAAUCAUAUGUAUUAUACCAUUGGAGCUGGUGAAACUCGGCAUUUCUUUUGCAUCCCAUGUUAUAAUGAGGCCCGUGGGGACACAAUUGUGGUUGAUGGAAGUAUUAUUCCGAAGGCAAAGAUGGAGAAAAAGAAAAAUGAUGAGGAAACUGAAGAAUGGUGGGUUCAAUGUGACAAGUGCGAAGCUUGGCAGCAUCAGAUCUGUGCAUUAUUUAAUGGUAGAAGAAAUGAUGGCGGACAAGCUGAAUAUACUUGUCCAAAUUGUUAUAUGGAAGAAGUUGAAAGAGGAGAACGCAUGCCAUUACCACAGAGCGCUGUUUUAGGAGCCAAAGAUUUGCCUAGAACAAUUUUGAGUGACCACAUGGAGCAGCGGUUAUUUACAAAGCUGAAACAAGAAAGGCAGGAUAGAGCAAUGGCUCAAGGAAAAAGUUAUGAUGAGGUCCCAGGAGCGGAAUCACUUGUUGUUAGAGUGGUGUCAUCAGUGGACAAGAAGUUGGAAGUUAAACCAAGAUUUCUUGAAAUUUUCCAGGACGAGAAUUAUCCAACAGAGUUCCCAUAUAAGUCUAAGGUUGUAUUAUUAUUUCAAAAAAUUGAAGGUGUUGAAGUAUGCCUGUUUGGCAUGUAUGUUCAAGAAUUUGGAUCAGAGUGUCAACAACCCAAUCACCGCCGGGUCUACCUUUCUUACUUGGACUCUGUUAAGUAUUUCAGGCCAGAUGUCAGGGCAGUGAGUGGAGAGGCUCUUCGGACAUAUGUGUACCAUGAAAUUCUGAUUGGAUACUUGGAUUAUUGUAAGAAGCGUGGUUUCACUAGCUGCUAUAUUUGGGCUUGCCCUCCGUUAAAGGGAGAAGACUACAUUUUGUAUUGCCAUCCAGAAAUUCAGAAGACACCAAAAUCCGAUAAACUUCGGGAAUGGUAUCUGGCAAUGUUGCGGAAAGCUGCAAAGGAAAACAUUGUGGUCGAACUUACUAAUAUGUACGAUCAUUUCUUUGUCACCACUGCUGAAUGUAGAGCAAAGGUAACUGCAGCUAGGUUGCCAUACUUCGAUGGGGAUUAUUGGCCUGGUGCUGCAGAGGACAUAAUCUUCCAAUUGCAACAAGAUGAGGAUGGGAGAAAACAGCAUAAGAAGGGACCUUUAAAGAAAACCAUUACCAAAAGAGCUCUCAAAGCAUCUGGCCAAACAGAUCUAUCUGGCGAUGCAUCGAAGGAUCUGAUGUUGAUGCAUAAACUGGGCGAGUCAAUACUUCCGAUGAAGGAAGACUUUAUCAUGGUUCACUUGCAACAUGCAUGCUCACAUUGCUGCAUUCUGAUGUUCUCGGGUAAAAGUUGGUCUUGCAGACAGUGCAAGAAUUUUCAGCUUUGUGACAGGUGCUAUGAUGCUGAGAGAAGACGUGAAGACCGGGAGAGACAUCCUAUCAAUCUCAAGGACAAGCAUUCAUUAUAUCCGAUUGAGAUCAAUGGUGUGCCUGAAGAUACCAAAGACAAAGAUGAGAUUCUGGAGAGUGAAUUCUUUGACACCAGACAGGCUUUCCUUAGCCUUUGUCAAGGAAACCAUUAUCAGUAUGAUACCCUUCGCCGAGCUAAGCAUUCCUCGAUGAUGGUCCUCUAUCACCUCCACAAUCCGACUGCUCCAGCUUUCGUGACAACAUGUAAUGUAUGUCACCUUGAUAUUGAAACCGGGCAAGGUUGGCGCUGCGAGACGUGCCCCGACUAUGAUGUAUGCAAUGGGUGUUACUCGAAGGAUGGGGGAAUCGACCAUCCUCACGUAUUAACAAAUCAUCCAUCUAAUGACCGUGAUGCACAGAACAAAGAGGCUCGGCAGUUGAGAGUGACACAGUUGAGAAAAAUGCUUGAUCUCUUGGUGCACGCCUCUCAAUGCCGAUCGCCACACUGCCAAUAUCCAAACUGUCGCAAGGUGAAGGGACUUUUCCGACACGGUAUGAUCUGCAAAGUACGCGCUUCAGGAGGCUGUGUUUUAUGCAAGAAAAUGUGGUAUCUCCUUCAGCUUCACGCUCGGGCAUGUAAAGAAUCUGAAUGCAGUGUGCCACGAUGCAAGGACUUGAAGGAGCAUAUGAGAAGGUUGCAACAGCAGUCCGAUUCUCGACGAAGGGCUGCUGUGAUGGAAAUGAUGAGGCAACGGGCCGCAGAGGUGGCCGGCAGUUCUUGAUGUCCAACAAUGUACAGAGUAGUGACAGCAUUUCAAGAAAAAAAAAAGCUCUUUCACAUAGGUAAUUUAAUGUGGAUAUAAAUGUUUUGUUUGACGCUACGAAUGGAAGAAGGAUUCUUUUGAUGGUACGACCAGCCUCCGUUCCCCGAUGAUGACGAAGCGUGAUUUUGGUCCAUAACUUGUCCUGGUGAAGAUUGGUUGCCAGGGAAGUUUGUAAGUUAGGAGUGUUGAUAAGUUAUUCUUUGAUUUUGUUGUAUUUUCAUCCCUUUUGAUGGCAGAGUGUGCUAUAGCUGUUUUGAUCUGUAUAAUAUUGAAAGAAACAAGAGAAAUCCUCUCACUUUUUCUCCAAUAGUUUAUUGUAUAUGUGACAUUCCACGCUAAUUUUGGCAA